CCGCUCCAUUCAUCCUCCUCAUCACAGGGAAGAAACAAAUAGGUGGCGUUUCUCUGUUGAAGUACAGUUUACUCCUCCAACCGCGAGAGUACAAGUCACUUUGAGAAAUAAAUAAAACAGCGGAUAGUUUUCUCACGAUAUUUGGUGAGGUGUAGAGAUGGGAAAACACAACAGCAAGCUGGCUCCUGAGGUGCUAGAUGACUUGACCAAGAGUACAGAGUUCAAUGAAGCCGAGCUGAAGCAGUGGUAUAAAGGAUUCCUGAAGGACUGUCCAUCUGGCAUCCUCAAUCUGGAAGAGUUCCAGCAACUCUAUGUGAAGUUUUUCCCUUAUGGAGAUGCUUCAAAAUUCGCCCAGCAUGCCUUUCGGACAUUUGACAAAAACGGUGAUGGUACCAUUGACUUCAGAGAGUUCAUCUGCGCGCUGUCCAUUACUUCCAGAGGAAGCUUUGAGCAGAAACUAAACUGGGCUUUCAACAUGUAUGAUCUGGACGGAGACGGUAAAAUCACACGCAUGGAGAUGCUGGAGAUCAUUGAGGCAAUCUACAAGAUGGUCGGCACAGUGAUCAUGAUGCGUAUGAACGAGGAUGGUCUGACCCCACAGCAGCGCGUGGACAAAAUCUUCAGCAAGAUGGACAAGGACCACAACGAUGAGAUCUCACUGGAGGAGUUCAAAGAAGCGGCCAAAAGCGACCCCUCCAUUGUGCUUUUACUGCAGUGUGACAUGCAGAAGUAAGAAAGGAAAGCAGGAGAACGAGUUAAGAGGGUAGGAAGGAGUGGAGAGCCAUGUACAGACUUCUAGAGUGAGAUUUAGGCCAUAGAUGAUGAGAGAAUAUGUACAUACAGAUGAACAGAGGUUAGACCGCACGGUAAUCUAAGGAAACGAUUAUGGGAAUUUGGAAUGAUUAGUCGAAGUAAUGCAAGAAAGAGUCUUUUUCCACCCUCUAUUACUUGUUACACAUUCUGUCAGCUUUCCAGCCUCUAGAGAGAGAGUCAGAACAAGACAUUUUCUUCCUCGAAAAGGUCACUUUCGUGCCGAUAGAUCAGAUUUUCCAUCAGGAUUUAAAGCAUACGAUUGGGCAAUUUGAUAACUAGUACAUUUACAUUUGAUAAUUAGUUCAAAAUCAAACAAAGAUGAAAUUUUUUUUAGUAUUUUUAGGCCUGACUUAUAUAGAGAGAUGCACGAUAUACUGAUAAAAUACUGGCAAACAGUCAACAUUUGCUCAUUUGAUUUAUUUUUUAUUAUUUAUUGGUUGAUAUUAUUUUUAUAAUAGCCUGUUUAGUGCAUAUUUAAUGCUCAUUUUCCCUAUUUUUUCAUUCAAAUGAUCUUUUCUGUCAUCUAACAGUCACUUGUUUUAUGUAAACACUAAAGCCCAUUUCAUACCAAGAACGAUAACUGUAAAGAUAACUAUAAUGAUGCUUGACUAUAUUAGCAUACAAUGCUCAAUGUUGUGCUGUGUGUUAUGUGUACAUAAGCCUAUCGCUUUAAAUGCUCAAGCUUUUUAACAAUGGUUGGUAACUAAUUGGCUGUCGCUGUUUUUAUUUCUCAUCAGCUUGAAUGCUUUGCAUUUUUGUUUUGGUGUGGAGUGUGUUAUUUAUUUUAAUUUUCAUCAAAUCUUUAUUGUUGGUUACCGUUUCUUAAUGUGAACAGACUUUAGGAGCUUAACCUCAAUCUUUACUAUUUUUCAAUCCAUAUAUUAUUAUGUUCUUAUGUCUAAACUCACCUGUACGAUUUAUUUUUUACGAGGUUUUUUUUUAUUCAGAAAAAAAUAUAAUUAAAUUAAUAUGAUUCAAGCACUUUUGAGAUCAUAAAUAUAACAAAUUUCAAUAUGAAAUGCUUAUUAGCCAUCAAAAUCUGCUUAUCAUUGCCGCCAAAUGCUCAUACUGUGUAUCUCUAUUAAAUAUGAUAGAAUAUAGAAUUUAUUUAUUUUUUUGUCCACACUGAAAAUGUCAAAGUGUGCCUGAGGAAGAACAUUAGAGAGUGGAAAUGCAUUCAGGAGUCCUUUGACAUUUGUGGGUGCCUUCAUAUACAGUACAACUGCAUAACCACUACAGCAAAAAAAAAAAAAAAUCCUGUCACAUCAGUGUGUGACGAUAACCAUCACUAACAAUAUCCAUCUUCUAAUCAUGUUAUUGGCCGAGAUAAAGCUUAAAAGCCAAGGCGAAGUAAAAGGGUGAAGCCAGAAAACGAGGAGUAGCUUUUAUUAGCUAGAGAACUGACAAUGUAUAUGAUGACAUUUUGUACAUAAUGCUUAUACACAUGCUUAAGAUGUACAUGUAAAUGUUUCUCUACCUUAGAACUGCUUUCAUAAUCUGACACAGCUGCAACGACUUGUGUGCAAACACAAAAACUACUGUACUUGUGCGUGUGGAUGAGGGAAACUAAAAAUGUGUGUGUUUUCUUCACUGUAAUUUGGCGUGAAAGCCGCAGUGUGUGUGUGUGUGUGAGAGAGAGUGCGCGAAAACACAAAUGCCUCAACCUUUGUAUUAAUUCUUUCUUAUGAUCUUCACGCCAGUGCUAGGAGUAUUAAGCCGUUGUGUUCGUCGUUACCUGGUGUGGCCUUUUUGUGUGUGCGUCUGUGUAAGGAGAGCUUUAGCUUUCGGUCAUCUUAUUUCACAAGCUUAGCAGGUGUCAGUAAAGAGGAUUUUAACUGUAUGAAUAUCGUCAAUGUCGAAAUAUUUUCUUUACUCUUGUAAUAUAAGUGGACGCAAAUGUAAACCAGACGCAGAAUGUGUAGUACUUCUUGUAAAUGUUACUAUGCCGCAAUACUAACACGAGAAUACUGUCCGUUGCACUAAACAGACACAGCUUUAGUUUUAGACUGCCUCCCUGUGGUGAAAGAUGAUAACUUCGAGAUCAGACCUUCAAAUAUUAUGAUUUUUCAGGGCCCUCAGGACCUGAUAAGGCCCAGUAAUAAUAUUCCCUCAUAGAGUCCAGUGGAAAGCUAUCCCUUGAAUAAAAUCUAUCAGUAAAAAAGCCCUCAGAACCAUAACAUACUGUCAAAGAUGUGCUACUGUACCAAUGUGCUACUCAAAAGCAAUGAUUACAUGUUUAGUCAUGUUUUAAGCUCUAUCUGAGUGACUUUUUUCUAAAUAGGAGGUUGUAGCAAUAUUUCAAGAUCCUGUGAUUUUUCAUCUUCAGUAACAGCAGUUUCUGUUCUUGCCUGUCAGCACAUUUUGUCACAACUCCUUUAACACUACUUGUACUUUUGUAGAAUCAGUGUGGUGUGUGUUUGCUAUCACAUUCACACACGUCUGCUGCUUAGGUGUAAACUCUUGCUUAUUUUGUCACAAAGUAGCUUAUACUUUGUUGAAAUGCACCCUUAUGAAAAAAGAAGUGUACUUAGUGUACUUUGAAUCUUAUAUUUAAUUUUUAACCUAUAGAUAAUAUAAAUGUUAUGAAUUGAAAGCCCACUAAAGUGGAUUUUGAAGUGCAAAUAUUUUUGUUAAAUUACAAUUUUACGUUAAAUUAACUUGUUUUAUUUUAUUUUGAUGUGUUGACUAAUAUACUAAAGAAACACGCAGAGCACUUGAACAUUUUAACUGUGUUAUUUGUAAUUAAAUUCCGAUUUUAAUUUUUCACACUUUAUACCAAAUGUGUGAGUUAAAAUCACAUACAAGUUUCAGCAGUUGAUCAUAAAUGCUUGUUGAUACGUUGUGCAGUACACCUAAAUCACAUUUUAAAAAUGCAAGAAAAUACAUAUGUAUAUGAAAUUAAUUAAGUGGUACUGAUGUGGGUCAAAAGUUCAUGUAAUUGCAAUCAUAAUGUGAUAACAUGUAUAGUGUAAUAAUAAUAUUAUUGUAUAAUUUCAUACUUCCCCUCAAAUAAAGUCUCCAAAAUAAUAUAAUUUCUGAAAAGUCAAAUGUUUUUAUUAUUAUUAUUAUUAUUUAAUGCAAUGUGUAUUUAUUUAUAAAGCGCAUUUAUUGUCUAUCGUCAUAAACCAAAAGUGUUUCACAAUCAUGAGGGGGUCUCUCCACACCACCACCAGUGUGCAGCAUCCACUUGAAUGAUGUGACGGUAGCCAAAGGGCAAUGGUGCCAGUGUGCUCACCACACACCAGCUAUACAGUAGGUGGCGUGGAUAGACAGUGAUAGAAACAAUUCAGUGGAUAGGGAGGAUUGGGAGGCCAUGAUGGGUAAGGGCCGAUGGAGGGAAUUUGGCCAGGACACUGGGGUAACAAACCCACUCCUUACAAGAAGUUCAAUGGGAUUUUUAAUGAUCACAGAGGGCAUACCUGCCAACACUUGUCUCAGAAAAUCCGGGAGAAAUAACAAAACGGGAGGGUGGCGGGAAAUGGGUCUGAAAUACGGGAGACUCCCAGGAAAAACAGGAGUGUUGGCAGGUAUGACAGAGAGUCAGGACCAAGACAUUGCUCAUUCACAAUACAGUAUCUCCUUCACUACACUGGGGCAUUAGGACUCUGCUGGCCUCACUAAUGCCACUUCCAACAGAAACCUAGUUUUCCCAUGUGGUCUCCCAUCCAGGUACUGACCAUAGGCUCAGCCCUGAUUAGCUUCAGCGAGUAACCGAUCUUGAGCUGCAGGGUGAUAUGACUGCCACCUAUUAUUAUUAUUAUUAUUAUUAUUAUUAUUAUUAUUAUUAUUAUUAUUACUGUUGUUGUUGUUAUUAUGAUGCUACAGUACUGUUCUUUUUCCACAAGGGUCACUCAAGUUUCACUGUCUCUGCAAUUCAAAAACUGUAAAAGAGUUACUCAAUGUAUGGUCUGCACUCUUUCGAACUGACCAUCUCUGGCUAUUUAAUGAUCACUAUGAUUAGAUUACAUAAACCCAGUAAUGGGCAUGGGUAAUGAUUAUGGGAAGUGCAAAAUGGGUCUUGGAUGUUGUGCAAUGUGCUGAUCAGCCACUAAAUCGACUCCAUACAUGCCACUGCUACAGUCCAAUAUGAGAUUUUGUGUGCCAAAGACUUUAUGAAACGUAGAAUUAGACACUCGCGUAUAUAAUGACGUUCUGAACUUGAUUGCAUUUACAUUUAUAUUACAGCCUGAAAAUAAAUUGUAUGUAAGUUGGUCACAUUCGACUUCAGAUUAUGUCCCCAAACGACGCUAAAAAGGGAAUAAUGGUGCCCAAUCGUGCAAUACAAUGCUUUCUGUACUGUAUGUGUGCUUUGCAUUUCUAAAUGUCUGGUUUCUGUUCACUUUUUUCAAUAUCGUAAAGCUCCUUGAACAAAGACGUGUAAUUAUUUUUGUUACAUAGAGAAUUAAAUAUGUGGAUGUCUACUGAA